CGUGAGUGUCCCUCUAGGCUGACACUGCAGGCUUCAGCUCUAGAAUCAGUCAUCGCACGUGCAGCGCACGCAUUCGCAAGAUCCUUUUAAGGCAGGAAACAACCUGCCCGUUUGGCGGUUCUCCACGUCGUGUUCUCCAACAUCUUUUGAUCGGUUGAUAAUUCCGACUAACGCUCGUUUCCUUAACUUCCCUCCGAAAUACAGUACAAAGCAUAACCUCACAAUGGGUCGCUGGGUCGAUCAAGACGGGGAUGCCGAACGUCUCCCAGAAGGCUUCACCCGCAUAGGCUACGACGCCGACACCCAAACCUACACCUACCAAGAUGCCAACGGCCGGACCUGGGAAGGCGAAGAGGGCAACCGGUAUGGACGUCUGCAUCCAGCCGGCCAACGCCGCCCCUCCCUCACCCCCUCGGAAGUCGCCUCACACAACGAAUCCCUCAAACGCAGUAAUCGCGAGUCAGUCCGGAUGAUGCUCCCAUUCGAUGUGCUGAAGGCGCUGUUGCGGUUCAAAUCCAAAAAGGAGACACCUGCUGGAAAAUCGGAAAAGCCCAUGGUCUGGGUGUAAAUGAGUUGUUGGGGCUGGAUGGGAAUGAGGCGGUGGAUUGUGG